CAGCUGUAAAGCUAACAUCAAGUCCACAAUGCAGUACUUCCAUGCAAGUUGUUUUUGGCCUUAUAUGCACACUGCUUAACUUGUUAUGCUAUUUAUAGUAGUUUUCCCUUGAGCGUUUCUUAAUCUUAACUUAACAGCUUCUUAUAUAUACAUACACAAGUACACAACCACACAUGGCUUCUGAAAUUUCUCUUUUUAUUGUUAUCUCUUGCAUUACACUCUCCUCAUGCUCUACAAAUGCACAACUCUCGCCGUUUUUCUAUUCUAGAACUUGCCCUAAUCUUCCACUUAUAGUAACUAAUACAAUGAGGCAGGCAAUAUCAAAGGAGCCAAGAAUGGGAGCUUCGAUCCUUCGCCUCUUCUUCCAUGAUUGUUUUGUAAAUGGUUGUGAUGCAUCCGUCCUCCUGGACGAUACAAGCACAUUUACAGGCGAAAAGAAUGCAUUUCCUAAUAGUAACUCCAUUAGAGGCUUUGAGGUUAUUGAUACUAUCAAGUCCAAUGUAGAAGUAGUGUGCAAUGGAACUGCUUCAUGUGCUGACAUACUCGCACUUGCAGCACGUGCUGCUGUUUUCUUGUUGGGAGGCCCCUCAUGGUCGGUACCUCUAGGAAGAAGGGAUGCGAGAACAGCAAGCCAAAGUGCAGCCAACACUAAUCUCCCACCACCCACUGCCAAUCUAAGUACCUUGAUCUCCAUGUUCGCCGCACAAGGCCUAAAUGCCCGCGACAUGACCGCCCUCUCUGGUGCUCACACUAUUGGUCAGGCUCGAUGCACCACCUUUCGCACCCACAUCUACAAUGAGACCAAUAUCAACCCCAGCUUUGCUCCGUUACGCCAAGCUCAAUGCCCCGGUCCGGCCUCCGGUGCUGGGGACGAGAACAUCGCUCCACUGGACAUCGUUACACCUAACCGUUUCGAUAGGGGUUACUUCCUUGGAUUGGUUACUAGAAGGGGGCUGCUUCACUCGGAUCAGGAGUUGUUCAAUGGUGGAUCUCAAGAUGCGUUGGUUAGGCUUUACAGUAUCAACUAUGUGGCGUUUGCUAAUGAUUUUGCUAAUGCAAUGGUAAAGAUGGGUAAUAUUAAUCCACUUACUGGAUCAAAUGGGGAGAUUAGAAACAACUGUAGGGUUGUUAAUUAAUUAGUUGUGUAGGCUGAAAUUAUUGGAGAGCUGAGAUGGUUAAUUAUGUGGUAUUAUUGAGGGUUAUAGUGAAGGAUCGGGUAAAAAAAAAAAAAUAGUGGCCUUGAUUAUAUGUUUAUUUUAGAAAACUUGUAACUAAUAGGUAGUAUAUAGUUUUGCAGAGAGCAACGCACAUCCAAACGAAAUAUAUUGAAGACGAGCUUCUUUUUGUCUAUAA